CGAUAGUAAUGGCGUUUGUGUUUGUAUGUGAUUGUGAUGUAUAGUUUGUGAAAGUUGUUCGAGUCUGACCUGAGGUUAUUGAAUAUGUGAAUUGCACUGCAGAGCCAGUAGCACUGUGCAUUUUUCUUAAAGUGUUUCAUGGAUUCUCAGAAUAACACAUGGGAGAGUGCAAGAACAUGCAAAAACAAAGAAACAGAAAAUGUAAAAGUGUUUGUUCUUACACCUUCAGAAUUGGCAAGUAUUGGGUUAAUAACCAAAGUGGAAAAUGGUCAAGCUGUUCUGUUGCCUACAAAGAAAGGCAAUAAUGUGGAUACAUCAACCACCUUAAGCCAAAUUAUUGCAAAAAAGCAGUCUUUGACCAUCAAGGAUGUAGUUACAGCAGAAAGAUCUCAGCCUGUAAUAGGUUGUUCAUCUGCUUCAGCGUCGUCAUCUGUUCUGAGGAACCAAAAGAGAAAGGGUUUUGAUGAGCAAGAUGUUACUAUAACAGUUGUCAAGCAGAAUGACAGUAAGGCUGGAUUAAAUGUUGAAACAGCCAAAACUCAUGAGGAUGUCACUGUCACUGUUAGCAAAUUGGCUUCUACAAGUACAAGUGUGCCAAGAAGUGAUGUGAGUUCCCCUCAGGUUAAAAGAUCUUGUGGGAGUAAUGCUCAUAGAGCUACAAACCUGUCAGGUGAUGCUAACAACUCCCCACAAAUGAAAACUGCCAUUGUAAAUAACCCUCGUAAUCCUGCAACUGAACUAAGCAGUGGUGUAGAUGCUCCUCAAGUGAAAACAGCUGGUAAAAAUAACUUCUGUAUAAAUACAAAUGUGUCACGGAAAGGCGUAAUUGCCAGUCCAACGAAAACAGUUCGUAGACAUGACCCUCGUAAACCUUUAGCAGAUUUCGAUAAAUGGACACCAAAUCUUCUCAAAAGGACAUGUAAGCUUAUACCAUUGAAUAAUCAAGUGCAACCUCAGCAGACUCCACAGCAACAGACAACAUGUGCAAGUGCAGUCAGUACAGAUGAUAGUUCCACCAGAUGCUACUCAAACAACACUGUGAGAACUCGACCAAGGCCAAUGUUGUCAGGCUUUGCACAGUACUGGAUGGACUCAUUGGAGGACAUUGGCUACAUACGGUGCCCCCUGAGAGCCUGCAACUAUAUUAGUCUCUCAUACCAGGAUAUGAGUGCACACUAUGCUACAUGUGCUGGGGUAAGCAUCACUACAGAUGAUAUGUGCCCUGUGUGUCAAAAACGCCUAAAGUCAGCUGAGUGUGUUAAGCUACAUUUGAUUCGCUCACAUGGACCAAAAUCUAAGAAGCAAGAGGAAUUACAAUCAAUGUCUGCAGCAAAGAGAGUGCGUAAAGAGGAUCCACUUCCAAGAGUCCUUGUAAGAAAACGUGGUUAUUCAAAGGUGCAUAAAAUAUCUUGGACGAUAUCACUUGAACAGAAAGGAUACAUCAGAUGUCUUUUCCAAAACUGUGGAUUUCUUGCUCUCAACAUGGAAGAGAUGAUACAACAUUAUGGAAUCUGUAAUGGGAGUGGAUCUUCGGCCCACAUUCCGUGUCCAUUCUGCAGUGGACGUGUCGAAAACUUGGAUAAGCUGGACAAACACAUUUUAAUAUCUCACGCAGAAGAAUCAAAGCAAACUGGUACCGAAUAUGAGUUUAUUGAUGUUGUAGGAACACCAGAUCUUAAGCCUGUAUUUUCAGAGAAUAGCAAUGGCCAAAAGGAAAAGGAUCCACAGAAAUUGACAGUGAGUCAGCCUGAGACCCAACAGUCUUUCGCUACAAAUGCUUCAGAACUUUAUCCUCAUAAAAUGGAUCGAAGACAAAAGACUACCGAGUACAUUCUGCCAGAUACUGUUUAUGAAGAUUUUGCAGAUGGGGUUAAUAGCGUAAAAACAUUCAACAGUGUACCUACUAAGGAUGGGUCAGAUCCAUUACAAAACUUAAUAACCGUCUCAUGUGGUGAAAACAACCUCCUGGAAGAACUUGUGCCGGAGAAAGAGAAAGACCCUCCAAGCAAAAGGUCAUCAAAUUGUCAAAGUAAUAAUGAUGAGAUAGUUGGUGCUGAAGUUGAAGAAUCUAACCCAAGUCAUAUGAGUGCACAAGAGAAUAUUUCAGAGAAAGGAUUUAAUGUACACAGUAGUGAGACUGUAAUUGUCAAUGUGGAUCCAAAUGAUAUCACGGAAGCAGAAGGAAUUUCAACCAUCAGACUAUCAUUAAACAUUUCAGAUGUUACAGAAUUGGAGAAAGGAAUUCAGGUGACUCAGCACAAUGUAAAUUCAAUGCCAUCUAGUGAAGAGUCAGCUGUCAUGAAAGUAAAUACAAAAACAUCAAAUGAAGAAGAGAUACCACUCACAUCGACUGCAGUGUCUGGCUGUGAUGUUCCUGUUAUACAGACAAACACACUGAACAUAAAAAACUUGGAUAAAUCAGAUUCUGUUUUCAGUUGCAAUGCUAAUGUAACAGAUGUCAUUCGUGGAGUGAUCAGUGUAAGUGACCUCUGUAGUGGAAAUAACAAACAGGAAGUUCUUACAAAGUCAGAUGGAGACGCAAACUGUUUUAACAUUUCAAAUAUUUCGAAUGACAACACAAAUGUUACUUGUAAUGAUACAAUAUGUGCAGAUGAUCUGGAUAACAGCAGUAAAACAUGGCAGAAAACUGGCAGCAGUUGUCUGAGGCAUAUUCAGCCAAAGAUGUUAAUGCUAUCUGAUAGCUGUGAUAAAGAAAUAAUAAAACCACUGUCCAAUAUUAAUAAGCUGGGUGAAACCAUUACAUAUACUAGUGAGCAGCCAGGAUCUCAUGUUGCACCAAGUCAGCAAGAUUUAUUUACAUGUCCUCUGCCUAGUUCUCAGGGAUUACGUCAUAUUAAAAAUGUAACAAACACUAGAUCAUCUCCAAAUGUCCAACAGAGUCUGGCAUGUAGAGAUGAAGACGAUAUUGAUAUUGAUCUGCUGUCAUAUUCGGCACUGAGCAGUGGCCACACUAUUGUAUACAGUGAUCGUCAAUGGGGAAGUAAACACUCUGCAGUUUCAUCAGGUUUGAGGAGCCCCCCUCAUGAGAAGAUUAUUACAGAUAAAUCACGCUUAAAGACGUACAGCAAAAAGAAUUCGCUUUCCUCACUCACUGAACAAAGAAGGAAUCAGAAAUCACCUUGCUGUGCUGAGAGUCAAAUACUUUUUAAUAGACCAUCAGCUGUGAAUUUUGAAGAGGAUGUAUAUAUAAAUAACAGCAUUGAAGCAACUGUGGCAGCUGUCAGCUCUUCAUGUCAUAACAGCCAGUACAACAAAGGACAUGUUCCUGCGAAAGAUGGCAGCGUGCAGGAAUGUGGCAACAGUAUGCUUGAAGAGCAUCAGCCAAGUAACACAGGGCCACAGGAUAGUAGCAAAUGCUUAGGAACAGUGGCCACUGGAGCUGUGGCUGAUCAAAAGUUACUGGAUAUAGAUGUGGGCGCAUGCUCCAAUGGUGAUAAGGUGCACAUAUCAUCAGAUGUUAUACUUAGCCAAGAAACAGAUGUGCAUGGUGACUCAUUAAAUGGAACUGCUACAUCAUCUGACCAUUUGUCUCCCAAUCUCCAUAAUUCUGCUGUGGUGGAAGAAAAAGAAAAUUUCCAUUGUGUUAAACUUAUCGAUCAGCCUGUGACUGCCAGUGUAUCCUCUGAGGUUCAGAAAUGUGUUGGCAAAGCUAACACAUCAAAGCAAAACAGUGAGAUUAGUGCAUCUUCUGUGUCUGAAAGAUCUUUCGUGGACUCAUCAGCUAAAAGUAUUUGUGAUGACAACGAAGGCAUCAACAAAGAGCCUUUUUCCAAUGUGCAGAUGAAUGUAUAUGACCUUGAAUCCUCAAAGGAAGAACAAAAUGAAUUGACUACAAAGCCGUCCAUAGCUAAUUUUGUACAAGAAAUGAACAUUGAUUACAUCAGUUCUGAAGCAGAUAAAUUCAUUAUAGAAGAUGAAAGUCUUUCAAUGUAUUUGAAUAACUCUGAUGAGUUCCAAGAAAAAAAUUUAUUGGAAAACGAUACUGUCUUAAUGCCAAUAGGAAGUUGUGAUCAUAAUCGAGACACUGUGACGUCAGGUACCUCCUCCCCCAUAGGGGUUGAAACUGCUAUAAUAAAAGAAAAAGGUGAAAGCAUUCCCUUGCAAAAUACUGGCAGUUGUGGUAUGGUUAGUACUGAAAAAAGUGAAACAAUUACUUUAAUGCCAGUUAGUUAUCGUAAGACACAGACAACUACUGAAACUAAAGUGCCUGCACAACCUGUUGGAAGUAAUAUGCAAACCAAAGAUGAUGAUAGGCACUCAUCAGAUAAUGGUAAUAGAAGUGUGGCUAUCUCAUCAAUUGAUGAACAGAUUAUGGUUUUCUCUUCAUCAACAAAUGUGACUGAUGUGGCAGUUGACAGCUCUUGCCUCACUGUAGCAUCUAUGAUCGAUGAUGGUAUAAAGGAGAGUGUUAAGACACUGUGUGAAAAGCAGUUCCAGGAAGAACGUGAAGUAUCUAUAGCUAUUAAUACUACAGAUGAAAUUUUGAAUGUGGAUGAUGCUUCCUGCACUUUAUGCAUGGAAGAACAAGAAAGCAGUGUCCCUAUUGUAAUGAGCACACAAAAAGGUUUCAGAAAUGAUUUGGCAGAACAUUAUGAUAGAAGGAAGGAGUAUAAUUCCAACAACAAUUGUUUCAACAUAAGAAGUGAGGAUUUGGUAGUUUCUAAUGAUGACCUUGCUAUGUUAAACAGUACCAAGGAAGAACCCAGUACACAUUCCGUUUGUGGUGUGUCACUCACAGAUACUGAAAAUACAGUUCAGCCUCAGCAGUGUGGAGAGGUGUGUAGUAUCUACCCACACAACAAUAAAGGUGAAUGUGUUAUGGUCCAAAUGGGCAGAGAUGAGCUUGUAAGAAAAGUUAAAGAUGAACCAAGUGAAAAGAUUAUACAAACUUAUGGAGAAUUAGAUGUUCACUGUGAGAAAAAUGCUGUUCUUCGUGUAAGAGAAGCCAGAGUCACUCUUGAUGAAAUGGAAACGAAAAAUGAUGUACCUCCUGAAUGUUUAUUGAAACCUGAUGUACCAGUUUCUUAUCAGGAAAGGAAAACAGCUACAUCAGGUACAUCACUAAUCGAAAAAUGUAUAAGUGAAACUAAAAGCAUGAAUAACAGUGAACUGAGUCCUGAUAAAAACAUAACUAAUGAUGAUAAACCAGGGAAAACUACAAAUAUUCCAGUGUUUGAGUUACAUUUAUCCAGAGAUAGCAAUGAAAGAAAAGUAAAAGAUGAACCAUAUGAAAAGAGGAUAGAAACACAUAAAGUCCCCCAUGAGAGUAAUUCAUCCUCUCAUGUAAAAGAAACCACAAUCAAUGUUGAUAUGGAAAUAAAAAAUGCUAUACCUACUGAAUGCUUAUUUAAACCUGAUCUACCAUUUUCUGAUGAGGAAAGAAAAACUGCUAUAUUAAAUACAUCAUUAAUUGAAGAAUGUGAAAAUGAAACUAAAGGUGUAAAGAGCAAUGUAACCAUAGCUAAUGAUGAUAAACCAGGGAAGUCUACAAAUAUUCCAAUGUUUGAGGUACAUUUAUCCAGAGAUAGUAAUGAAAGAAAAGUAAAAGACAUACCACAUGAAAAGAGGAUAGAAGCAGAUGAAGUCCCCUGUGAGAGCAAUUCAUCACCUCAUGCAAGAGAAACCACAACCAAUGUUGAUAUGGAAAUUAAAAAAGCUGUAUUUACUGAAUGCUUCUGUAAAGCUGACAUUCCAGUACCUAAUCAGGAAAGAAAAGCAACUACAUUAGAACCAUCAUCAACUGAAAAGUGUGAAAGUGAAACCAAAGGUGUAAAGUGCAGUGGACUGAAUCCUGGUGUAAGUGUAGCUAAUGGUGAUAAACCAGGGAAGACUACAAACAUCCCAGUGUUUGAGGUACAUUUAUCUAGAGAUAGUAAUAAAAGAAAAGUAAAAGAUGAACCAAAUGAAAAGAGGAUAGAAGCACAGGAAGUCCCCUGUGAGAGCAAUUCAUCCUCUCACGUAAGCAAAACCUUAAUCACUGUUGAUAUGGAGAUGAAAAAUACUGUACCUGCCGAAUGCAUAUUUAAACCUGAUCUAACAAUUUCUGAUCAGGAAAGAAAAACAACUGUAUUAGAUACAUCAUUAAUUGAAGAGCGUGAAAAUGAAACUAAAGGUGUAAAGGGAAAUGUAAUUGUUGCUAAGACUACAAAUAUUUCAGUGUGUGAGGUACAUUUAUCUAGAGAUAGUAAUGAAAAAAAUGUAGAAGAUGAACCAAAUGGAAAGAGGCUAGAAGCACAUGAAGUCCCCUGUGAGAGCAAUUCAUCCUCUCUUGUAAAAGAUACCACAGUCAGUACUGAUAUGCAAAUGAAAAAUGCUGUACCUACUGAAUGCUUGUUGAAAACUAACCUACUAGUUUCUAAUCAGGAAAGAAAAACAAGUGUAUUAGACACAUCAUCAGUUGAAGAGAAUGAAGAGUGUGAAACUAAAGGUGCAAAGAGCAAUGGACUGAACCCUGAUGUUAUUGUAGCUAAAGAUGAUAAACCACGGAAGACUACAAAUAUUCUAAUGUCUGAGGUACAUUUGUCCAGAGAUAAUAAUGAAAGGGAAGUAAAAGACGAACUAAGUGAAAAGAGGAUAGAAACAAAUGAAAUUCCCUGUGAGAGCAGUUCAUCCAGUCAUGGAAGAGAAACCAUAAUCAUUGUUGAUAUGGAAAUGAAAAAGUCUGUUUGUACUGAAUGUUCAGUAAAGCCUGUUCUACCACUUUGUAAUCAUGUGAGUAAUGCUACAGCACCAGCUACCUCAUCAGCCAAAGACUGUAAGGUUGAAACUGAAGAUGCUACGAGCAGUCAACUGCAUGCUAAUGCAGUCAUUGCUAAUGAUGUUAAACUGGAGAAGUCUGCAAAUACCCCUAUGUCUGAGUUAUGUUUAUCCAGAAAUAAUAAUGGUAUGAACAGUAUUUCUGUAAAGGAUGAGGAUUGCACCGAAAUUCCAUCAGAUCCUGCAAUGAAGGAAAAGGACUGUGAAGAUAAAAAUUUGGGAAACUGGAAAGCUGAAGAUGUGACAGUUAUGGAUGAAAAUGAAGCCAGUCACCCUCAACAGUCAGAUUUUUCACAGUGCUUGGUUUGCAUUACCUCUUCUCAAGAUACGGAAUAUAGAUCAACUACAGCGCAUUCGAACACAAGCAGGCAACAGUUGAUUACUGACACUGCAAUGUCAGAAAGUGGAGAAGAUAAAACCUUCCACUUAGAUAAUGACAAAAAACUGCCUGAAGAUGGAAAUCCAUCAGAUGCUGAAGCGGUAUCAAGCUAUGAAAAUACCAUGCCUAUAAAGAGCACACUGUCAUCUAUAACAUCGAAAGAGAUGUCUGCAGAUUCAUCAGGUUGUAAUUCUUAUGUUUUGGAAACCUCCAACAGUAUGGAUACUUCUCAGGGAUCCAUUGUAAAACCUGUACCUAUGGUUUCAGUAUGUAUCACUUCCUGCACCCAGCAAUUAGAUGAUGAAAGUGUUAUAGAUAAAGACAAAACAGAGGCUAUUUCUAGUGAAGAGAGUAGAGCUGCUCAUAAUGCAAGUUCUAGUAGCAUGCCACCUGUCAGAAAUCUUUUGAGCUACCAAGACAAUUUGAAUGACAAGUUUGAACAGCCUACAGGCAAUACUAUAACACUGGAAGAAAACAAUCCUGGCAAAGAUGUUAAUCGAUCAGUACAUCUGUGCAACGGUUUAGCUGUAGACAUAGAUAAAAGGAUAUCUGCUGCUUCAUCUUUUGAUCCAUCACAAAUGUCAGAACAUGCAGAUAGCGAAACAAAUGUGUUGAAUUGUAAAGGUGUGUUAUCUGUUGACAAUGAAGUGGCAACAAGUAGAGAAUUAAAAUCUGAUAAUCUCUGCGGAAAUGGUUACUUGUGUGAUAAAGAAAUCCCAGCUACUGGUAACCGUCCUGCUUCAGAGUCAGAUGCUAAAAGUAAAGAAUAUGAGAAUAUGCAGAAUUUGCUCUUGCAAAGAGAAUAUGAGGAUAAAAUGGCAACUGCAGAUGGCGGGUCCAAUGAAAAAAUAAAUUUUGAUGAAAAGUCACAAAAUCCAGUAAAAGUGUUAAGCAUGUCAGACCCAGUUAACGAUACAGUAACAUGUACAACCAGUCAGAAAGUUAAUAGCCAUCCUGUGGCCACAGAAAGUAUGAAGACUGAUUUGAAACUGAAUGCAGGAUCUGAUGUGACAGUUUGUAAUGCUACUGUACUUGAUAGUACCCCUGAAGAUGUUAAAAAUUUAAGUUCUCCAAAUUCUAGUGAAGAAAAUAUAGAGAACGUUAACUCUACAGGGAUCUCAACUUCUCCAACAUUGUUGGGAAAAACUGGCCACUUAACCGUUUCAUCUUGUGAAACUGGAGAAUGUGGCACAAGUCUACUUCAGGUGGAUGAAAAGUCAAAUUCAGAAGAAGUGGGUGAUGUUUUUAAAAAUACCAGCUCACUUCUUUCAGCAUCUAAGAUUUGCAGGAAAAGGAAAAAUAGUGAUUGUACAAAUACAGAGAAUAGUAAUUCAAAGAUCCAAGUUUUAGAGCUCGACAGUGACAAAUUGACUAUUCCCAGUUGCAUAAAAGCAACAGUGGAGGCAGCACAAUGCCACUCUGGUUCAGAUAAAAGCCACAAUGAAAACGUUUUCACAGAAGAUUUUAACUGUUCUCUAGAAAGGAAGCUUCAGCUGCCAGGUGAUGUAUCAGAUUCAUAUGAAACAUCUGCAGCAGGCAAGUCUGAGAACAUAGAGGAGACGUCUGGUCAUUUGAAAACCUCUGCUACUGACGACAAUGGUACACUUCAUUGUCAUGAAUAUUCAAAAUUUAGGGUGAGUCAAAAUGUAACUGAAUCACAAGGUAAUAGUCAGAAUGAUGAACUGCUUAAAAACAGCAGUGUUGGAGCAUCAGAAGUGACCAAGUCAAAUAAUAACCACAUCAGUCAUAAUAAUCAUAACAAUACAGUUGGUGCAGCAAUAAUAAAGAGCAAGGAUGGUACACAAUCAGAUGCUGAUGUACACAGUGUGGUUUGUGGCCAGAAGAGAAAAACCAGCCAACGUGAGUUGUGUUUGCCAGAAAGCAAUGCUGAAAUGCCAUUGGAGAAGAAGAAGUAUAUUCCUUCUCCCACACAAAAAACUGGAUGUCCAGAACGGUCAGAGGGAAUCUUGGAAAGUGUUUCACUUUGUUCCAACAAAGAAAAGGCAGAAUUGUCCAUUGCAAAGUGUGUUUAUAACACACGGCAUAAAGGAACACUACACACUGUUCUAAAAUUAGAUCAAGCUUCUGGGUUUUGUUCCCCACUUAUUGGUAGAGGUAGGGGGAGAGGCAGAGGUAGAGGAACAGUGAAGGAAGGGAUAGUGGGGCAAGGUGAGGGCUCUCCCCUGUGUGGCCAAGGGAGAGAGAGGAAGGAAGAGCUGAUGGGGAAAGGGAGAGGCAGAGGCAGGGGAAGAGGACGAGGACAAGGAUAUGGGAAAGGAGAGGUGACAGAUAGCUGCAGCCAGAUGCUAGACAGUGGUCUCACACUGCUUGAUAAAGAUGCUUCUUGUCCUGCUCUUGUGAAAACUGAAUCAGUAGGAACUGAAAAUGAAGGCAAUAUUAUCACUGGUUCAGAUAUUGCAAGUAGUUGCAAUGAGCCCAGUGGAACUGUGCCAGCUGCAAAAAGAAAGAGGGGCAGAGCAAGUGUAAAAAUCUGGCCUGCAGAGAUGACGGGGAUUGACGAUAGUGUACAUGAAGAAAAGAAAGACAGUGGCUCUUUGAGUUUCAUUACUCCAUCUCGUGAUCUCGAUACUAAUAUCAGAUUAUCCUCAAGUGCUGGCAAAGCAGAUGUAAAUGACCCUGAGGAAAAUGAUAAAGUUAAAAUCAGAGAAGGUGAGCAGAGCAAUGGAUGCAAGAAUAUUCACUCAGAUUUUGAAGAUGAGUCAUUUUCAAAAGAAAAUGAAGGAGAAGUAAUGUCUAACUACAGAAGAGCUAAUGGUAAACGAGGUAGUACAAGAAAAGAUCAAAUUAUGACUAGUAAUGACAGUAUAAUCAGCAGUGAAGAUAAACAAAGUAAAGAAAGGAACACAAGUGAUGAUACCUUUGAAGAUGAGGAAUAUUCCCCACAGCAUAGGAGAAGAGGUAAAACAGACAUGAGAAGAGCUAGUAUCAGCAAAAUUCCCAACAAUCAAGAUGGGAAGAGCCACGAAGACAGCAUAAUAAAUGAAAGCAAUUCAGUAACGCCAAGAGAGGACAAUCAGAACAGUGGAUAUAAAAAUAUUAAUUCAAACAUGGAAGAUGAGCCAUUACCAAAACAAAAUGAUGGAAUGAUAAUAACAAGCCUAAGAAGAAAACGCGGGAGACCUAGAAAGGAUAAAAUAAUAGUUAGUAAUGACAGUAUGUUCUGCAGUGAAGGUGAACAAAGUGAUAAGGACAACUCAGUCAAUUAUACCAUUGAAGAUGAUGAAUAUUCACCACAACGUCGAAGAAGAGGAAAAGCAGAAGCAAAAAGAGCUAGUGUUGAAGGAAGCAUAGAAACAAGCUUAAGAAGAGGCAGUGGAAGACGAGGGAGACCAAGAAAGGAUAAAAUGAUGGCAGGUAAUGACAGUAUGUUCAGUAACGAAGAUGAACAGAGUGGUGAAGACAACACAAUUGAUGACAUAUUUGAAGAUGAUGAAUAUUUACCACAGCCUAGAAUGAAAGGAAAAAGAGAAUGUAGGAGAACUAGUGCCAGAGUGUCCAGCAGUCAAGGGGGGGAGAGCCACGAAGACAGUACGACAAAUGAGAGCAUUGAAGGUAAAAGAAGAGGCACGAGACAGGGACAAAGAGGGAUGGUGGCGACACCUAGCACUAGUAAAACAUCUGGUAAUGACAGUAACGAAGAUGAUCAGAGUCGUGAAGAUAGCUGUGAGGACAAUGACUAUUCACCGCAUCAAAGAAGAACAGGUAAUGCGCGAAGAAAGACAUGGACAGGAGGAGGAAGGGGGAGGGGGAGGGGAAGAGGAAGAGGAAGAGGAAGAGGAAGAGGAAGAGGCAGAGGCAGAGGCGGCAUAUGUAGCAGCGGAGGACAUGGAACGCAGUUUACUGGAGAAGAUGCUACUGAAAUUCAGGUCAAGUGUGUAAAAUGCCCGGAAGAGGAGCUAACCAACUGGACAUUUGAGUCACAUAAUUACCAAAAGCAUAAUGGGCUCUCAUGGAUAGAGGGCCAAGAACCAAUUGACAUGAAAGAUGAAAAAGUUGUUCAAAAAAUACUUCUUAAGGUCCGCAAGCAAGGAAAGAAGUGGUUCACCUGUGAAAAGUGUGAUGUUGCAAAGAAGAGUGUUGUUGGAUUUUAUAGCCACAUGCAGUUCUGCCAGAAGACCUCGGAGGAACGUGAAUCUAUGAAAGAGCAGUGCCCAUUUUGUGAGAGAUAUUUAAUUCCUACAAGUUUGAAGGUCCAUUUGCAGCUACACAGGUCUGAACAAGAAAGGCAGCAACAACAGGAAGAAAUAAUCGCUUUCAACAUGGAACCUGGAAAACGCAAACGAGCUGCAGCUGAAAAAGCAACCACUCUCAUGCAAGAAUUCAUGAAGGGAGGUGAAGAUGAUGAACCACCUGGGGAGCAGAAAGCUGACAAGGAUGAAUUGUUCGAACGACUUGGUUACACAAAGCCAACCAAUUCCCUUGUUGGAAGGUGGAAGAUGAAAAUAAAACGGAACGGGAAAAUAAACUGCAACAACCCUAGCUGUCUGUUUGAAACAUCUGAACUUAGCAGUAUGCAAGAGCACUACUCAAGCUGCCCAAAGGCACUACGCAAGGGUUAUUUAUGUAAGCUGUGUGAUCAUCAUUGUAAUGAAGAAUCUGAGAUACAUGAACAUUUGAAACAACAUGAAACCUCUAAUCCAGCAGAAGAAACAGACUCCAGUGGAGAUGAUGAAGAUGAUGACGAUGGUGAAGUAUUUCAUGAACGAACUGGUCAAUUAACUAGCCUAAGAGUUGGAAAACCGAGGAAACUGAGAUACAAGAUAGCUAACAAAAUGAGUUUUCUGGCAAGAGAAACAAGUGGAACUGUGAUCGGGGAUCGUAUCUAUGGUCCAGCCUUGAGGUGGACGGCCAAGUUCCAGACACAACAUUACAAGGAUAGUCUCUUCCCAUCAUAUCACACGUCAUUAGAAGACUGGACUGCAAUAGAAGACUCACUCGUACACGAGUAUUUGCCUGCUGCUAAAGAAAGUAUGAUGAUUAGUCAGUUGACUAUGAGAAAGGAAGUGGUUGAUGUAGAGACACAAAAUUUGGAGUGGAGAAAGUACAGUUUAUUUGAGGCAACUGUUAAAGAUGAUGCAGUGACAAUGUUUGUUGGAGGACCGGUAUGGGCAAUGGCUUGGUGCCCAUUGCCCUUGAGACUAUCACUACAAGCAGAUCCACAAAAUACAAAACAGUAUCUUGCCGUAACAUGUCAUAGAAAUAUGGAGGACCAGUAUAGUGUGUCACGGUCAUACGAUGGACCGGGGAUUAUACAAAUAUGGUGUUUUGAGGAACUUGACAGUUUAAAGUCACCCCCAAUUCCGUCACUUACUCUUGCGAUAGCGCACAAUUAUGGAGCAAUUUGGUGUAUGGAAUGGUGCCCCUCAGGUUGUUAUGAAAGGAACGGAUGUGAAACGGAAGAGAAACACCUGCAACGUUUAGGCCUGCUGGCAGCUGCCUGCUCAGAUGGUUGUGUACACAUCUUCUCAGUUUGUCAUCCUGAUGAACUGAGAGGAUGCGGAUGUGGCAGGUACCCAGUCUUCAAGACAGAACCUGUUGUGUCACUAAUUCUGGAAGAGGAGGCAGAUAUAAAGCUUGGUGGUACAGACUGGCAAUGUCUUCGUUUGUCAUGGAGUAAAAUAAAAAAUCACAGAAUAAUUGCAGGCAGUUUUUCUAAUGGCAUGGUGGCUUUAUGGGAUAUUGAAUCAUCAUCAAGGUUAUUGUACAAAAUGCGUGGAAAGAGGAAACUAAUAUAUCCAUAUCACACAUUUCAGCCGCAUGGUGGACCUGUCACAGCUCUUGCAAUGUACCCACUGAAUGAGCGAUUUUUAAUGACUGGUUCAUAUGACAGAACUUGUAAAUUCUGGGAUACACAUGACACUGCAGAACCCAUCACUUCAACAUUCAAGGGGCUGGUGACGGAUGGAAUUUGGCUCACACAUUGGCCAUCAGCUGUCAGUGCAUAUGAUGAUGUUUACUCACGGUGCCACACCAACUCUACAGUGAUGCCAGUGCGCAACUUUGGGUACAGCGGCUAUCCUGUGAUGGCACAGAACUCUGUUGCUUGGACCCUUUCAUCAUCAGAUUGGGUGAAUUCUGUUGCACAAGGAACUUCUGCAGGAGAACUGUCAGCCAUUUUUCUGCAUCAGCUAUUAAUUGGUGUUGAUACAGAGAAGGGCAUGAAGAACAAACGAAUGAUUCUGAGUUACGCAGAGCUUAUUAAUUUCAAAGAAUCUUCUUCCACAUCUGAACUGUCUGGAAGUGCUGGGAAAGAUGAAAAGAAGGAACUCGUGCCAUCUGAGACUGUGGAGCAACAGGCAUCAGCAUCCAAGUCCACGACCGGUGGUGUCCCUAGCUUAGUAUCAUUGAAUUCUCAGGUUUCUUCCGGUAUUGAUUCAGGAAAAAAUUUAGAAACUGUUAAUGUUGCCAGUGGCACACAUUCAGAAAAGGCAUGUGGAUCUAGCAAUGAAAGGGAGGUGGAUGAAUUAUUACCCAUUGAAAUCAGAGAUGAUAACAAAAGUGUGAAUGACCCUGUUUCAACUGCUAAAGAAGAGGAAGGACUGGACGAGAGUCAACAAAUAAAUGACAGUGUCAGUGUGAGCGAAAACUCAAGUGAUCUGAAAUAUCUGCUGAAGACUGAACAAUAUUCUGAAGAUGUAACAUGCACAAGCUUCAGUUCUGUAAGGGAUUGCGAGAUAGAUGUGUCAACGUGCGAUGACAGUCAGAGCGUUCUGUCUUCACAGGUGAACUCACCCACAUCUAGCCAAGCCUCUGAUGCCAACAAGCAGUGCAAGAAGAAAGAAGUUAGGAGUGAGCAGAAUGACUCAAAGCAGGCAGAGGGGAAAGCACAAGAAACUUUGGUAUUGAAGCCUAGAACUUACAAUGAUGUCGAAAAAAGCUUAGGAAUUGUUUUGUGUGAUUUUCCAACGGAUGAUUUUUCACAAAUGCCACAGGAAGCCAGACGUUGGAUGCGGCAGUCUGAUCAAAUGAGAAUAUUUCCAACUGAAAUGUACCCAGCAAUAUCCAUUAAUCGAGUUGCUUGGAAUCCAAACUUCAGAAGUUUCUUUUGGAUAGCAAGUGGUUACCAAAGUGGUUUAGUUCGGCUAAAGUGUGUCUCAGCAAUGUAUAACAAAGAUGUUGCAAGAAAUGUGCUCAUGAUCAGAGAUGCAUACAGCUAAUAUAUGCAUAUUUUGUUUUUUGUAUAUAUGUUUGUAUGUUGGUUAUCUUUUCUGAGCAUUUUAAUAAGCAUUUUUGUUUAAGACAGUACCUGUGAAGCAUUUAUAUUUAUUUAUGGACUACAUGUUGUCAAAUGGAUGUAUGAUUUUUAUAAAAAAUAUUUACAACUCA